UUCAAUUUACUCUUUUUAAAAAAAAAAAAAAAAAAUUAUAAUCACAUAACCCAAGAUUUUGGCAAUACAUGUACUAUUAUCUGUGCAGCCACUAAAGCAUGCUGAAAUUGACAGAGAGAGAGAGAGAGAGAGAGAGAGAGAGAGAUGAAUAAAGAGAAAAGAGACGUAUGCAAAAGUUUGUGCACCCAUGUUCAAAUUGUAUGUUUUGUUCAUUUUCUAACUUUCUGAAUUUUGGUGCGCAAUUACUAUUUACUAGUUGAACAAAUGAUCAGAUAGCAAAACAACCAGUUGUGACAAAAGGGGUGCGCAAAAGUUUUGGCACCCAUCCAGUCGCUGGCCGAACCACCAGUCUUGUAAUUUAAUUCUGUAAAAGAUCUCUGAACAGAAUUACAAUGGUUUGUAUACAGGUGCCAACAUUUCUGCACACAACCGUAGAUGCUCCUUUAUCUAAAGAAAUUGAGCCAGAUAUCAGAUCUCUGUCUCUCUGUGUCUCUCUCUCUCUCUCUCUCUCUCUCUCUCUCUCUCUCUUGCUCUGGUCAGCACUCUUGUCUCUCUGGAAAAUUCCUCUUGUGCUGGCCGGCGCUGUUUUGUUUGCAAAGAAAUCGGAGGGGAGCUGCCUCACAGAACGCUCCCUCCCAUGUCGCGUUUUGUUAUUCAAAAAGAUCCUGACACGCCGCCAGGGUAGGGAGGUAGGAACCAAAAAAAAAAGGCAUCCUGCAAAUCUCGAGGCAGAUAGAUAGAGGCCUGGAGGAGAGAAUCGCCAUGAGGAAGCCAGGCCUGACGCAGCCAUGUGUUCACCUCACUGUGAACUCGAGAGUGCUGAUGUCACUCGCUGCGACGCUCUGAUGACACCCGGUUGCCAUGGCAGCAGCGCAGACGCCCCCGAGAGGAGGUAUGCUUGCUGUGCGCUUCCAUAUAAUAACAGCUAUUUAUAUCUGUUUGACGGGCCUGUUUGCUGGAGGGGAAAUAAGCAGGGAUUGUGGGGGAGAGAUUCAGUCAGAUGGCAUGCUCACUGCACCGGGGCAUAGAGCCAAGUGAAGUGGCAUGAUGUAGAUUAGAUAUAAUCAUGCAACGGGCUUGAUUUGGAGCCGUUGUUUUUUUUUUUUUUACAUUUACAUUUAUUCAUUCGGCAGAUGGUUUUAUCCAAAGCGACUUAGAAGCUAGGCAGAAUCCGAUCCAAUUAUAGAGCUUGUAUAAGCACAUAAUUGAGGGUUAAGAGUGUUGAUCAAAGGCCCAACAGAGGCUCUCUGAGAGUUACAAACCUUCCAGCGACAAGCCAAGACCUUAACCACUGAGCUCAAAUUUAGCCCAUUUUCCCCUGUCACCGAGUCAAUCAAUCAGAACAUGUUUGUUGUCUGGAAUUCGCUUCUCCUAUUUUUUAUCAGCGCUACAAAGCUAAUCUAGCUAAUGGAAGUCUUGUUUACCCACAAUCUCAGCCUUAAACCGCAUCCAGAUCUUCAGCGAUGUCUCGCAGAUGUGCCGAUGUCGUUUAGUGUUUUCGGCACGACUCCCAAUUGCGUCAUUUGCCAAAUACCAACCAUCUCCCCCAUCACACGAGGGCUAAAGUGUGAAGACUAGCAUGUGCUGAGGAAAGGACUAUCUGCCCUCUUCUACAUACACAAGCUUACAGACUUAGUCGAUUGGGUGGUGUCGCUGUGAUUGGCAGGGGAGAGAGAAAUCCCGUCCUUUCCACCAAAAAGCACGGCUGAUUUUUGCUUUCUUGACUCCUGGUCAUGGAUGGCUACAACAGAGUAACUCUGGAUCCCAGAAUCACUUUUUGAAUCGACGUUGAGACCGAGUUGUAUCAGAACAUACCGGAGAUUGUGAAGCUCAUGAAGUACAUCUGCAAGCAGCUGCAGUGCAAGCUGAAGGUUCCGGAGACAGAGCGACCGCAGGCCCUGGACACGUUCCCGCACCUGGGGGACUGGCUACGCACCGUCAGCCUGAGAGCCGAGCUCAUAGAGGCGCUGCCUGUGAAGUUGUCGUUGGAUGCCUUGCUGCAGAUGCCCGGCGCUCAGGUGCGAGAGACCAUGAGGAGCCUGGGAGCCACUGUGGAGGAGUGCGUUCGACUCUGCGCCGCCCUUUCUUGCUUAAAGAGCGCCACCGAAUCAGGAGAAUGUGGUGAGGACGGAGGCUGCUGGUUUUCUGAGCCCACUCGACGGGACAGUGGAGGUCUCACCCCAGCGGACCAGAUCCCUUUACUUGGAAGUCUAACACGCCCUCAUAGCCCCUCCCCUCUUGCCCGGCCUCCUACCACGCCCACCACACCCACCGUGCCCACCACACCCCUCAUCCCAUGCCUUCACUCACGCCAUUUUCCGUCCAACCCCGAGGCCCACAUCUACCACGGCUAUGCCGAGAGCUUGACAGACCCGAGUCCAUAUUACUCGUCCUGGCCUCUCCGUGUCCAUGGACACUCCUCCACCCCACCCAUAACUCCGCCCUCAAAGAGGAGGCACCGCCUGAAGCCACCCUGCACGCCACCGCCACCCUCACGCAAGGUACUCCACAUCCUGCCCAACAUCACCCUGACACGCAGCAAGAGCCACGAGAGCCAAUUGGGCAACCGUAUCGAGGACACACCCACCAACAAGUGUGGGAAGAAAAAUAAGCUGUUACUGAACGUCCAGAUUAACGGCAAUGCUUGUGACGAUUCGCCGUCUCGCUCUCCGCUGCUUUCCGCCCGGACGCACGGCGCUGUGCCGGCUACCGCCCCCUACACCUUGCCGGGGACACCCACGCUGCUGGAGGAACAUGGAGGCCUGAGGAAUAACAUCGCGGUCCAUCGUAGCUCUCCGCAGGCAGUGAGGAGAGACAUCGGCCUGGCUGUCACUCACAGGUUCUCCACCAAGUCGUGGCUCUCGCAGACGUGUCAAGUGUGCCAGAAGAACAUGAUCUUCGGCGUGAAAUGCAAACACUGUAGGUUAAAGUGUCACAAUAAAUGCACGAAAGAGGCUCCUUCCUGUCGAAUAUCAUUCCUCCCCAUCACAAAGAUCCGGAGAACAGAGUCCGUGCCGUCGGAUAUCAACAACCCCGUGGACCGACCGGCCGAGGCGCCGCAGUUUGGCACGUUACCAAAGGCAAUAACCAAGAAGGAUCAUCCGCCUGUGCUUAAUCAGCUGGACUCCAGCAGUAACCCCUCGUCCACCACGUCCUCCACCCCGUCAUCUCCUGCCCCGUUCCAGCAGAGUAACCCGCCCAGUGCCACCCCGCCCCCGAACCCUUCACCCAAAAACCACCGUGACAACCGCUUUAACUUCCCAGCUGCCUUCUACUUUCAGCAUAGACAGCAGUUUAUCUUCCCCGAUGUGUCCAGUUCCAACAUGCUUCACGCAGAAGGCCUACCAGACACAGUGAAUGAGACAGACCCAUCAGAGGAGGACGUGCACGCCGAGAUGGCUGAGAACGAAGACGGAGAAGAGGAAGACGAGGAUGUGGAAGCAGAGGAGCAAGACGACGCGAGCGUAGAAGAGGAAGACGGGCAGGAGGAAGCCGAGGAAGAGGAGGAGGAUGAGGUGAGCUUUGAAGAGACAAACGGAGGCUCAGAUGGUGAAGGAGACGGAGACGAGCUGGAUGAUCUGCCCAGUGCAAGAGGCAGUGGCCCCUGGAAGUGUCCUGUGUCACGCAAGGCCAGCCAGACCAGCGUCUACCUGCAGGAGUGGGACAUCCCUUUUGAGCAGCUUGACCUGGGUGAGCUGAUCGGCAAGGGCCGCUGGGGACGGGUACACCGGGGCCGCUGGCACGGCGAGGUGGCCAUCCGCCUGCUGGAGAUUGAUGGCAACAAUCAAGACCACCUCAAGCUUUUCAAGAAGGAGGUGAUGAACUACAGACAGACACGCCACGAGAACGUGGUGCUCUUCAUGGGGGCCUGCAUGGCACCGCCACACCUCGCCAUCAUCACCAGCUUCUGCAAAGGCCGGACGUUGUACUCUGUUGUGAGAGAUACAAAGAACACGCUAGACAUCAACAAGACGAGACAGAUUGCCCAGGAGAUUGUGAAGGGAAUGGGUUACUUGCACGCGAAGGGCAUCGUUCACAAAGACCUGAAGUCAAAGAACGUGUUUUACGACACCAACAAAGUGGUAAUUGCUGACUUUGGCCUUUUUGGAAUCUCAGGAGUGGUUCAGGAGGGAAGGAGAGAGAACGAGCUGAAGCUUCCUCACGGCUGGAUUUGUUAUCUAGCUCCGGAGAUUGUGCGCAAGAUGAGCCCCGGCAACAACGAGGACCGCUUGCCCUUUUCCAAUGCGGCCGAUGUGUACGCCUUUGGCACUAUUUGGUACGAGCUGCAAGCGAGGGACUGGCCAAUCACCAACCAGCCAGCGGAGGCCACCAUCUGGCAGGUGGGCAGCGGAGAGGGCAUCAAGAAUGUGCUGGCGGAGAUCAGCUUGGGCAAAGAAGUCACGGAGAUCCUUUCAGCCUGCUGGGCGUACGACUUGCGCGAGCGGCCCACGUUCACGCAGCUGGCUGACAUGCUGGAGAAACUGCCCAAGCUCAACCGCAGGCUCUCGCACCCUGGACACUUCUGGAAAUCUGCAGAAAACUACACUAACAUCUGACCUUGUUUUCAUAUUAAUAAAUAUCCAUUUCCCUUCUUCUGAUUUGCCUGUUAACAACCUAACCUCUUGUUUUUCUGUCUUCUGUCUGACUUUCCUUUUCACUGUCCUUUAGGUUGUAGCUGAAACACUAAAGCAAUGCAAAAUAAAAAGCCCCGGAUCUGCCUUGCAUGCAUCCUGAAACAAAGAACUCGUGGACUCCGAGCAGAAACGAGACGCACUUCCUGCUCCCACCGUUCCGCCGUGUGAUCUUCUGCCUUUGCUUGCUGUCCUUGGAGGGGUGUGUGCUUUGGCAAUGCACGGAUCCUGAGCGACUCUCGCCUCUGCCGUUUCUGAUUAUUCCCUUUGGAGUGUGCGCUGUCAGCCUCUUUCUUCACUGUCUCUCUCGUCUCGGCAUCAUGGCCGAAUCUGGACUUAUGAGAUGUAGCGUCUGCCUGGUGGAAUUUUUUCCCCUUUCCUGGCAGCCUGUCCUUUCUCCUUUUUGUUUGCUAGGACACUUCUUCACUUCUUCUCCCUUGUGACUGGAUGCACCGUGCCCUUUCUUCCUUCUUCCUACACCUUGUUAUUGGAUUUCGGCUCCUUCAACGAAGUGCACUAUUGCUUCUCUGGUACACAGGCUCACUCGUCAUGGUCUUUCUGCAGAGACUGACUCUAAAUGCUGUCACACCCUUUGCUAGUAGUGGUGCCUGAUGACUCAUCAAAAACAAAUGUCAUUUAAAGGGACAGGAUGGCCAGAAAGAAAUAUAUAUAUAUAUAUAUAUAUAUAUAAUCAUCCUUAACCAGAAUGUAGCCGAUCAACAAAUACACGUUGGAACUGGAGCUUGCAAAGGAAGCGAACAGUAUCCACAAUGACUAAAUCAUCACACACUCACCUCAGAAGGUAUUGUGGGCACAAUAAUACCGUAGACCCAUAAACAGCAGAAUGAAUCUUCAUAAAAACACAAAAUAUCAAAUCACAACUACAUUACCAUUCAUUCUCCAAUCAUCUAAUGCAUAAUAAGUCGCCGCAUUAAGGUUAAAAUUUGUAGGAAUUUGUUCUCUUGCGUAACACGUACAAGCAACUCGCAUAAAUCUUGCAUCAAAAGUAAUGCUGUCUAAACAGCGGUGUGUCCAGAAUGUUGUGUUUAGCCGAGCUGAAGAAGAUGCUAAGUCAUUGGGAGAGGAACAACCAAAACAAAAACAACAAUAGAUUGAUUUUCUUCAGAUCGAGGAUGUUCAUUUCUAAAUUCCGACCCAAAUAUCUCUGAAAGGAUUGUAAAAAUAAAUAAAUAAUUUUAAUGCAUAAGACUAAUGCUAGCUAGCUACACCAGUAGCACAAAUAGCUUAAAAUUAGUUUAACUACUUAGCUGUUCAGUCUCUAAAAAAAUUAAUAGCUAUAAAGUACUUGAUUUUAAAAGUAACCACGCUAACAUGUUGCUGUUAGGUAAUGCAAGUGUAUGACAGUUUUGACAUGAUAUGAAGAUAGGAAAUGACAUUUCUUUAGUUUGUACGAAGUUUACUUUAGCUAUCUGGCUACAUUAGAAGCGCUACAGUAAAAUGUAUUUCGAAAUGAGCUUCCAUUAACUAGAAUGAGUAAUUAUUAAUUCCAGACUACUUGAUUUUAAAAGUACACCUUGUUGCUGGGAAAUGUUAGCUAAACUAGCCAGCUAAUAUUUUUGCUAACAACACUGCUAUUGCUGUUCACAAGUAGCUGGGCUAGACACUGAGACACAGAUACACUUUUGAUAUAAAGAUAAGUAAGAAUUAUUCUUUAGUUUGUAAAAAAAAAAAAAAAAAAAAAAAAAAAAAAAAAAAAAAAAACUUAUGUUGAAUGCAAAAGACUAAAGCUAGCUAGCUACAUUAGAAGCUACUGUACAUAUUAAAAAUAGAUUAAAAGAAUCUAAAUUACAGUUGCUAAAUAAAAACAGUAAAACUAACUACAAACUGCUACAUUGAUUUUAAAAGUAACCAUGCUAACAACUAGGAGCCGUUAGUUCAAGUAGUAGCUCGGCUGAACACUUAGAGACUUUUCACAGUGUUGACUGUUCUUGUUAGACGAGCUACAAGAUGGCUACUGCUACUACCUUUUAGCUGUACCAGUGUUUCAUGCAACGUAAAAUAAAAAGAUUAAUAUAUUUUUUAAGGUAAAGAUAUCUAACAACUUAUUGCAGUUGGAGGUGAAUGCAUGAUGGUUUGGACAUUAUAUAAAGAUAAAAGAAAAUUCUUUAGUUUGGGGGGAAAAAAAGGUUUGUUUGAAUGUGAAACUAACGCUAGCUAGCGACACUAGAUGUUACAUGGUUUAAAAAACAACAACAACUUAAAACUAGCUUAACCACAUAGCUGUUCAGCUGCUAAAAUAGUUGAGCUAACUACAAACUACUUCAUUUUAUACUUAACCAUGCUAAGAAUGUGCUAGUAGGAAAUGUUAGUUAAACCAACUAGCAAUGCUAGCAAGGAAUCAUCUUCAGUUUGUAAUAUAAAAUACUAAAUUAGCUACAUUAGAAGCUUUAAAAGUACUACUAAGAAAUGUGAGUUAAGCUUGCUAGCUGAUAGCUUUGCUAGCAACACUGCUCCUGAUGCUCAUGAGUAUCUAGGUCGGCUGUUUGACUAGCUACAAGAUGGCUGCUCCUCCAACAAGAUAGUAUAAAGAUUACUCCUUCUAUAACGAUUCAAAAAGUCUACUUAUCACCUCAGCAGUUUGAGGUGGGUGUGUGAUUUUACCAGUCAUGCAGUUUUCAAGAUGCUAACUUCACGUGUUAGCAUUAUUAGCUGCAUAGCUUUGGUGAAAUGAUUAGAGAAAAAAAGUUAGACACACCAGACAUGUCUUUGUUGAUUAGCUACGUUUGGAUUGGGGGGGGGGGGGGGGGGGGGGUAAAAUUGAAUAUUUGGCUUGAACUGGUUGUUUAAAAGUAACAACCUCCGCCGUGAGUGCUAAAAGUGCCGUGGCCUCACGAGUCAGGGCAAUAAAAUGAAGUGUUUGCUGAAGUAAACUGGAUGUGUGUCUCUGGUAAGAGUGUAUACUACAAGUAUGACGACGAGCCAAAGAGAAGCACUUCUGUUUUCUCAAGUUUUUUUUUUUAUUUCCUCCUCAUGUAGCGUAAAAUGUUUAAUAGUAAUAGGAAACAGUGACACGGCCAUGUUUCAUUGAGCUAGUAACCGUUACCUCUUGUAAUGUCUGUGUGUGUAGUGGUGUGUGUGUGUGUAUGUGUGUGUGUGUGUGUGUGUGUGUGUAUGUUGGGAAUAACAUGAUGUAAGAAUAAAAGCCUGGAGUGUAUUGGAAAAUACCGAUGACUUGUAAGAUGUACGUGUAAGAAAAAUUUAUUUAUUGUACAGCGAAUGAACCGAAUUCUUUUCAUAUUUAUAUGGACGUUUUAUAUAUAUUAAUAUAUAAUGUACUACAUUUUGGAAUAUGUAUUGCUCCCCUGUUCCAGAUGUAUAUAUCUCUAUAUUUUUUCAUGUACAAAAAAAAAAAAAAAUACUGUAAAAUAGUUGGUUUUUUUUGUUUGUUUGUUUUUUUUUUUUUUUUUUUAGAAUGGGUCAAUACAUGUUCUGUCAUGUACAAAUACAUAUUUUUGUAUUGCAUGUGGCUAAUAUUCUGUAUAUGAUACACGUUUUUUUUUUGGUGUGUUUUCCUCCUUGAGAAACAAUAAAGCUGUGCUCGCAUUUCUAACA